GGUAGUAUGAAAUUAUUUCAGGUUCUACUAGUAGCAGCAUUGAAUGGGUGCUUUCAGGUUGCAUCCUUGCCCAAAGACCGAUAUCGUCGGAACGUACUGCAGAUGGGUGUAAUGACAACGUGCACGACUAACAGCAGCAUGAUUGGCUGGGUCGAUAGCUAUAAAGGAUAUGGCUGCUUUUGUGGAUAUGGUGGAGAAGGGACACCUAUUGAUGCAACAGACGAGUGCUGUGAGGCGCAUGAUUCGUGUUAUGAAAAAACGAACUGUAGACAAAUUUAUAAGUAUAUUGUCAUGUACGAGUAUGAUACUAAGAAUUGCGGUACGAAUGAGGCUGAAAUAGUGUGCA